UUUUUCCCUCUCUCUCUCUUCUUAGAAGUCAUACAGCGUCUGACAUUUCUUUUGAAAUUAACCUUUACUUUUCAACCGUCGCUGCUUUCUCAGUAUAAUCUCACAUCAGCAUGCUGUCUUAUUCUAUCCUCAUUGCCUGUUCCUUAUGGGCUUCUAUGGUCUUUGCCGGCUAUGACGCGGGCGUCACAGAGAACAUUGCGAUAUACUGGGGACAGAACUCGGCUGGUGCAAUUAGCGCCGGACAACCUCAGAAGAACUUAGCGGAAUAUUGCACCAAUGCGGCGGUGGACAUCAUCCCCAUCGCUUUCUUGUCUAGCUUCAACCCUAUACAGUUGAGUCUGACAAACAUGGAUGACGAUAAGAACCUCGGCGACGAAAUCGCUGCGUGCCAGGGGGCGGGCAAAACGAUUCUGUUGUCCAUCGGAGGCGCCAUGUUCUACACAGGGCCCUCUAGCCCGCAGCAAGCCCAAUAUCUAGCCGACCAGAUCUGGGCUAUGUUUGGCCCUCCUAGCGGUGGUCCCGCUCCACGUCCCUUUGGCAAUACUGUCGUCGACGGCUUCGACCUAGACAUCGAAGCCCCGCUGCAGAACAUCGCACCCUUCGCCGCACGUCUGCGCCAACACAUCGACGACGCCAAUGGCAAGGGGGGCCAGAGGUUCUAUCUAGCCGCCGCGCCGCAGUGUCCAUUCCCAGAUAAAAACAACCAGGCCAUAUUGCACGGCGACGAUGCCGUGGCCUUCGAUUUCAUCAUGGUCCAAUUCUACAAUAAUGCCAAGUGCGACAUCCGGGCUUUCAGCUCGGAGGACCCAUCACAGUCGGGCUUCAACAUGGACCAGUGGGACAAGUGGGCGCACUCGAGCAAGAACCCCAACGUCAAGGUCUUCCUUGGUAUCCCCGGUGGUCCUUCCGCCGUCACCACUUCUGAGAAGGCGUCGUACAAGCACCCCAGCCAGUUAGCCCCGAUCAUUUCUUACAGCAAGAAGUUCUCGAGUUUCGCUGGCGUCAUGAUUUGGGACAUGUCCCAGGUGUGGGCCAACCCGGGCUUCCUCGAUGCCGUCUCCAAUGACGUGAAGUGUCCUCCCGCGAACGCGCGGAAAUCCAAUACUGCGUCCCUCCAGAGAUCGCCACGAAACCACCAAAAGGAUUGGAAGAUGUAGAUAAAGUCGCACAUAUAUUAUCAUUCGUUUGGUCUUGAGCUCAACAUGAAUUAGGAUUAGAAGAUUAUGUCGAGGGGAAGUACGAGAAAUAGUCGAUGGCCGCAUCAGGCCCUCUGGUAGGCGCCAAUUAACUGAAGAGACAACCUGGCGGAACUUGGAGAAAACUUUUUCGAUCCCAAUGUAUUCCUAUACUACAUAUAUAGGCCAAGGAAGAAAUAAUCCUAGCUAUGUAAAUU